CGACAAUUGCUAGUGCGGUACGCGCCCCUCUUUAUUUAUAGUUCGUUUUAGGGACGAAUUACGAAGUUGAGAGGGGGGAGUUGCAAGGGUAGGGAGGGGUUAGAUGAUUUCCCGUGCCACGAGGGACUGCUGCGACUUCAGUCGCUUAACGGAAGAGCGGGGGUGAAAAGAGUGGAAGGAGUGAGGAGUAAAAGGCCUGGGACCAGGGCGAAGGGCUGACCACUCGACCGAGAUCUGUCAAGGGUGGAUAACAGCAGCCAACUCCCGUGUAAUCCCUUCUGAGCCUGCAGGGAGGUGUACAGUGCGUCACCUGAAGUUCAGACAGGGAGAGGAGGAAAGAGAUUGCCGAUUGUAACUUUGUGAGAGCCUCCGGCCCUGUUCAGAUAUGGAGCCUGAAUGCAGCUUGGAGUAUUUCUCGGAGCAGGUGGCUCAAAGGGAUGUUAGUCGACGGCUGCAAGUGGGCCAGGAGCUGAUCGAUUACUUGGGUGACCCCAGGAGAUCAACGGACGUGGAUCAUGACCAAAAGCGGAUGCUGGACGAUAUCGUCGAUGAGCUAACGGGAUGGGUGAACUCCAGCAACUUCAAGGUUACAUUACUUGCUCUUGAUGUUAUAGCAGCACUUGUGGAUCGCAUUAAAGAUCGCUUUAAGCCCUAUUUUGGAACAGUGGUUCCAGCACUUGUAGAUCGUUUAGGUGAUAACAAAGAUCAAGUCAGAGAGCAAACACAAAAUCUUCUUAUCAGAAUAAUGGAUCAGGCUGUAUCACCCCAGUAUGCUUGGGAACGAUUAACUUCAGGAUUUAAACACAAGAACUUUCGGACACGUGAAGGAGUCUGCCUCUGCCUCAUCACUACACUAAGCACUUAUGGAGCACAGCCAUUAACACUAAGCAAAAUAGUACCACACAUAUGCAACCUACUUGGGGAUCCAAAUAGUCAGGUCAGAGAUACAGCUAUGAGUUCCAUGGUCGAAAUUUAUCGUCAUGUUGGGGAGAAAGUACGUGCUGAUCUCAUCAAGAAGGGAGUUCCACAAGCAAGAUUGCAAACACUGUUUGGGAAGUUUGAUGAAGUGCAGAAAUCUGGGAACAUGGUUUUGUGUUUCAGUCAUGAUAAAAGCUUUGAUGAUGAGGAGUCUGUGGAUGGAAACAGACCAUCAGCCAGUUCUACAUUUAAGGUACCGGCUAAGAAAAUGGCAAGUGCAAGCAUUGGUGGGAAACGAUCAGCCUCUGCACCCGGAUCUAAAUCAGGCCCAUCAAAAGAUGGAGCAUUGGAUGAAGAUGAUUUCACGCGGGCAUUUAAUGAUGUGCCUACUGUACAGAUUUUUUCCAAUAGAGAACUUGAAGAAACACUGAACAAAAUAAGAGAAAUACUGUCUGAUGAUAAGCAUGACUGGGAUCAGCGAGCCAAUGCACUCAAGAAAAUUCGAUCACUCCUGAUUGCUGGAGCUACAGAAUACGAUUGUUUUUUUCAACACUUAAGAUUAUUGGAAGGAGCUUUUAAAUUGUCUGCUAGAGAUCUCCGCUCACAAGUAGUCAGGGAAGCUUGCAUUACUGUGGCCCACCUGUCAACACAUUUAGGCAACAAAUUUGAUCAUAGUGCUGAAGCCAUUGUGCCUACGUUGUUUAACCUCGUCCCAAACUGUGCAAAAGUUAUGGCAACAUCUGGAGUAGCAGCAAUUAGGUGCAUCAUCCGUCACACUCAUGUUCCAAGGUUGAUUCCCUUAAUAACUAGCAAUUGUACUUCAAAGUCAGUGGCUGUGAGGCGACGCUGUUAUGAAUUUUUAGAUUUGUUGCUGCAGGAGUGGCAAACACAUUCCUUGGAAAGACAUGUGACUGUUCUGGUGGAGACUAUCAAGAAAGGCAUUUCGGACGCUGAUGCAGAAGCAAGACAGGAAGCUAGAAAAACUUAUUGGAGUCUUCGAAACCAUUUUCCUGCAGAAGCUGAUGCAUUGUACAACUCAUUGGAGCCUUCUUAUCAAAAAAGUUUUCAGGCUCACCUGAAGAGUUCCACUAGUGCUGCAUCUCUUCCUCAUUCGGAUCGGUCUUCUUCCAGCUCACAAGAGAGCCUUAACCGUGCCUUUCCUGCUAAAUGGUCAGUCGCAGGUGGAAGUACAUCAAGAGUCCCAAGCAGCAAGUCUACAGCUACCCCUGGUGGUUUGCAGCGUUCCAGAAGUGACAUAGAUGUGAAUGCUGCUGCAUCUGCAAAAUCACGCCAUGCCGCAGGACAUGCAGCAACAAGCCGUUUAACUGCAUCGAAUGUUCCAUCAGGAGCUUAUGCUUCACUUGGUCGUAUCCGUAACAGGCAGUUACUCUCAGGAACUGCCACUGGUGCUGGUGAUGCUGCUGAUUCUAGAGGACGAAGUCGUACAAAAAUGGUGUCUCAGUCUCAACCCGCCAGUCGCUCUGGUUCUCCCGGAAGAGUAUUGAGUAGUACAGCACUUUCAACAGUGAACAUUGGAACUCAGCGAGUCAUGCCCACAGGAGCUCCAGGGCAAAAACGCAGCAAAAUACCACGUAGUCAAGGAUGCAGCAGAGAAGCGAGCCCGUCUCGAUUGACUUUAGUUCGAGGCAGCCGUAUCCCUCGACCUAGUGUGAGUCAGGGCUGCAGCAGAGACACCAGCCGUGAAAGCAGCAGGGAUACCAGUCCUGUUCGAUCCUUUACUCCACUUGCCUCCAGACAUCACUCCAGAUCAACUGGUGCUCUCUAUACCUCAGAAACAUACUCAGCUACAGGUGAAAAUUCGGCAGGGUCUGAUCGCUAUGGGUUUAAUCAGUCCAGUAGACUGUCUGCAUCAGUGAGUGCCAUGCGAGUCCUCAACACAGGAUCUGAUGUAGAGGAAGCUGUUGCAGAUGCUUUGAAAAAGCCAGCAAGGAGAAGAUAUGAAUCAUACGGCAUAUAUUCUGAUGAUGAUGCCAACAGCGAUGCAUCCAGUGUCUGCUCUGAGCGUUCCUACAGUUCUCGAAAUGGCAGCAUCCCUACAUAUAUGCGACAGACUGAAGAUGUAGCUGAGGUCCUUAACCGCUGUGCAAGCACCAAUUUUUCAGAAAGGAAAGAGGGUCUUCUGGGCUUGCAAAAUUUGCUGAAAAACCAACGGACAUUGAGUCGUGUUGAAUUGAAAAGGUUGUGUGAAAUUUUCACAAGGAUGUUUGCGGAUCCUCAUAGCAAGGUUUUCAGUAUGUUUUUGGAAACACUGGUCGACUUUAUUCAUGUUCAUAAGGAAGACCUUCAAGACUGGCUGUUUGUUUUAUUAACUCAACUAUUGAAGAAAAUGGGUGCUGAUUUGCUUGGUUCUGUACAGGCAAAGGUACAGAAAGCACUUGAUAUUGCAAGAGAGUCUUUCCCAAAUGACCUGCAGUUCAGUAUUUUAAUGAGAUUCACUGUUGAUCAGACACAGACUCCAAACUUGAAGGUUAAAGUUGCCAUUUUGAAGUACAUCGAAACAUUGACUCUACAGAUGGAUCCUGCAGAUUUUGUAAAUUCCAGUGAAACCCGUUUAGCAGUAUCAAGGAUCAUCACGUGGACAACUGAGCCAAAGAGCUCUGAUGUUAGAAAGGCAGCUCAAGCAGUUUUAAUAUGUCUGUUCCAACUCAACACUCCAGAGUUCAGCAUGUUGCUUGGAGCUCUACCAAAAACAUUCCAGGAUGGAGCCACCAAACUUCUUCAAACCCAUCUUCGUAGUUUAGCCAGCACUACCCAGCAGGGGUCUGGCAACAGUUCUAUAACACGAAGCACACCACGUUCACCUGCAGGUUGGACCAGCCCCCUCACUUCACCAACGAACACAACUCAGAAUACUCUACCACCAAGUGCAUUCAGCUAUGAUGCAGAGAACAUGAAUUCCGAAGAAAUAUACUGCUCUCUUCGGGGAAUGACUGAAGCAAUCCAGAAUUUUAGUCUCCUUAGUCAAGAGGAAAUGAAUGAACCUUUGAGACGGGAUGCUAAAAAAGACGAGGAUGGGGAACUGGCCAUUGGUGGAGUUAGCGAUAUUCGGGGAGGCGGUGAUGCCACUGACUCAGGGCGAACUGCUAUGGACAAUAAAACAUUACUGGUGAACACCACACCCCAACGUAGUAGCUCACGAUCACGUGAUUAUAAUCCUUAUAAUUAUUCUGAUAGCAGUUCUGUCAAUAAGUCUGCCUUAAAGGAAGCCAUGUUUGAUGAUGAUGCUGAACAAUUUCCUGAUGAUUCUUCCUUGGACCAGUCUGAUUUGGUUGCCGAGCUGCUAAAGGAACUUUCUAAUCAUAAUGAAAGAAUAGAAGAACGUAAAGCAGCGAUGUAUGAACUCCUGAAAUCAAUUCAGGAAGAGUCACUAGGAGUAUGGGAUGAACAUUUCAAAACUGUUUUGCUGCUGCUUCUGGAGACACUUGGAGAUAGGGAGCAUACAAUCAGAGCAUUGGCACUGCGAGUUUUAAAAGAGAUUUUAAAGCACCAGCCGGAAAGAUUCAAAAAUUAUGCAGAACUUACUAUCAUAAGGACAUUGGAAGCUCACAAAGAUCCUCAAAAAGAGGUCGUAAGAGCUGCUGAAGAAGCUGCUACAGCCCUGGCUAUAUCCAUCAACCCUGAACAGUGUAUUAAGGUGCUUUGUCCUAUUAUCCAGACCGCGGAAUGUCCAAUCAAUCUGGCAGCCAUUAAGAUGCAAACCAAGAUCAUAGAGAGAGUCCAUAAAGAGACUCUGAAUCAAUUGUUGCCUGAAAUUAUUCCUGGUCUGUUAAUGGGUUAUGACAACACAGAGAGCAGUGUUCGGAAAGCCAGUGUAUUUUGCCUUGUAGCCAUCUAUUCAGUUAUUGGUGAAGAUCUUAAACCCCACCUUGGUCAACUUACUGGUAGCAAGAUGAAAUUGUUAAACUUGUACAUUAAACGUGCACAAACUGGCUCCAGCACAAGUGGCUCAGCGUCAGAUCUCACUGGUCAAAGCUAGAAAUAGCAGCUUUUUAAAAUGGGUCUAAUGGGGACAGAACAACCAGUUUUUCAAGACUCUUCUUUGGAACUUGAUACAUCACAGCUGUAUACAACAAAUGACUUUCCUCAGCCUGCAUGUGACUGUUGCACCAGAAUUUAUUCCAGAUCAGAGGAAACAGUAUUAGUCAAUUCAGAUAAAACUCAAAUCAAUUCUUCUCAUUCAGACUCCUGUGUUUCUUCUAAUUAAUGUUUACCAGUGUUACAGUUAUAUAAAUAAA